UCCAGAUCCUGGGGCCGAGUGACAGGAGACCAUCCCCUUCCCAACGUGCGUAUCCAGGUCAUAAACAAAUAAUGGAGAACUGCAACUUCACUGGCUAUGUCCGAUAUUUUUUCAUCGUUGGCUUUCCCAAUCUUCAAGACCACCAGGUCCCGCUCUUUUUUGUCUUCUUGGUAUUUUACCUGCUAAUCCUUGCUAGUAACUUCACUAUCAUCGUGGCCGUUGUCCUAGAUCCAAAGCUGCAUAAGCCCAUGUACUUUUUCCUGACCAACCUUUCUAUCUUAGACAUUCUGCUCACAACUACCACCAUCCCCAAAAUGUUGGCUAUGUUCCUAGUCAAUUCGAGAUUGAUCUCUGCUCAUGGCUGUUUCUUGCAAAUAUAUUUCUUCCAUGGCCUGGCAAUAACUGAAACGUUCCUGCUUGUGGUCAUGUCCUAUGACCGCUAUGAGGCUAUCUGCCAUCCUUUGCAUUACACGGUCCGAAUGACAAAGAGAGGAAAUAUCCAGCUGGCAGCCGGUGCCUGGGUGUCUGCGCUCUUGGUGCCCAUCCCAGCGGUUGUCCAGUCCUCUCAGCUCGUGUUUAGUGGAACGCCCAAAGUUUACCAUUGCUUUUGUGACCACUUGGCGGUAGUCCAAGCCGCUUGCCAAAACUCCUAUGCCAAUUUCCAGAAUUUUCUGGGCUUUACGGUUGCUAUGAUUGUCUCCUUUGUCCCCCUUUUGCUCGUCUCCAUCUCCUAUGUCUACAUCAUUCUCUCCAUCUUGAGGAUCAGCUCCAAAGACGGGCGGAGUAAGGCCUUUUCCACCUGCUCCUCCCAUCUGAUUGUGGUCACCACCUAUUAUUCAUCCAUUGCUAUGGCGUACCUUUCCUACAGAGCGGACAUGCCCCUCGAUGUGCACGUCAUGAGCAAUGUGGUGUUUGCUAUUUUGACCCCUUUGAUCAAUCCGCUCAUUUACACUCUGAGAAACAAAGAGGUCAAAAACGCAGUGAAGAAAGUUGUCGUUCUCAAAAUGUUCCAUCAUCACUAG